CGUAGGCUCGGGGAGGGGGUGGGGAGAAGAAGAGCUUGGGAGGAGCCGCUGCCGCCGCCGCCCGGACACCGAGCGGAUCCGGAUCCCUGCACCGCCGUCGCCGUCGUCAGCGGGGCCUGCUCAGCCGCGGUCGGAGUCCCGGCUCCCCGGGGGAGGCCGCGGGGGGAGGGGCGGUCCGGGAGCCGACGCGGGGAGGCGGCACCAUGACCGGGCGCGGCCACAACAAGCUGCCCACGACCGAGCGCAUCGUGAAGGCUGUCCCAUUUCCCCCCACGCAGCGGCUCACAUUGAAGGAAGUGUUUGAGGAUGGAAAGCCCAGGCUUGAUGUCUUGAAAAGCCACUUGGUGAAGGAAGGGCGGCUAGAAGAGGAUGCAGCAUUGAAGAUAAUCAAUGAUGGGGCUGCCAUUCUGAGGCAUGAGAAGACCAUGAUUGAAGUAGAGGCUCCAAUCACAGUGUGUGGUGACAUUCAUGGGCAGUUCUUUGACCUGAUGAAGUUGUUUGAAGUUGGAGGAUCACCCAAUAACACCCGCUACCUCUUCCUGGGAGACUAUGUGGACAGAGGCUACUUCAGUAUAGAGUGUGUGCUGUAUUUAUGGAGUUUAAAGAUAAAUCAUCCCAAAACGCUGUUCCUGCUUCGAGGGAACCAUGAGUGCAGGCACCUCACAGAAUACUUCACCUUUAAACAGGAAUGUCGAAUCAAAUAUUCGGAGCGAGUGUAUGAUGCAUGUAUGGAUACAUUUGACUGUCUUCCUCUUGCCGCCCUCCUAAACCAGCAGUUCCUGUGCGUCCAUGGAGGACUGUCUCCAGAAAUCACAUGUCUAGAUGACAUUAGGAAAUUAGACAGGUUUAAAGAGCCUCCAGCCUUUGGUCCGAUGUGUGACCUACUCUGGUCUGAUCCAUCAGAGGAUUACGGCAAUGAGAAGACGCUAGAGCAUUUCACUCACAACACUGUUCGAGGUUGCUCCUAUUUCUACAGUUACCCUGCAGUCUGUGAAUUUUUGCAAAACAAUAGUUUGUUAUCUGUAAUCCGAGCUCAUGAAGCCCAGGAUGCCGGGUACCGAAUGUACAGGAAGAGCCAGACAACAGGCUUUCCAUCGCUAAUCACGAUCUUCUCUGCACCAAAUUACCUAGAUGUGUAUAACAACAAGGCUGCUGUGCUGAAAUAUGAAAACAAUGUCAUGAACAUCAGACAGUUCAACUGUUCUCCACACCCCUACUGGCUUCCAAACUUCAUGGAUGUCUUCACAUGGUCUUUACCUUUUGUAGGGGAAAAGGUCACAGAGAUGCUGGUCAACAUCCUCAACAUCUGCUCUGAUGAUGAGUUGAUUUCAGAUGGUGAUGAAACUUUGGAAGAUCACUACAUUUCAAGCUAUCAGAAAGCAGGCACGACAGUCCGUAAGGAGAUAAUCAGGAAUAAGAUCAGAGCCAUUGGGAAGAUGGCGCGUGUUUUUUCAGUUCUCCGAGAGGAGAGUGAGAGCGUGCUGACUCUCAAGGGCCUGACUCCCACAGGUACUCUGCCCCUGGGAGUCCUCUCAGGGGGAAAGCAGACUCUACAGACUGCCACAGUAGAAGCGGUAGAGGCACGGGAAGCCAUCCGUGGAUUUUCACCGCAGCACAAGAUCCGCAGCUUCGAAGAAGCCAGAGGGUUGGACCGCAUUAAUGAACGCAUGCCGCCGCGCAAAGAUUCAAUGCACCCAGACGGGCCGGUGAACUUGGUAACCUCAACAAACUCUGCGGAAAAGAACGGCACAGGGAAGAAAGCUUAGUAAUGGUUCUAAUGCCCAAUCUGCACCACUAAAGGAUCCAAAACUUAAUGAAUUUUAUUUAUUUAUUAUUGGGGUGGGAUAGGGAUGGGGAGAAAUAAACUUAACCUGGAGGCACGUUCAUAAUCCAGUUUGCAUCCAUUCUGUAAGAAAGGUGACCAUUUUGUAAUUUUUUAAUUUAUGUUCAGUAUAUAAAAAGUCCAUCUUUUUUUUAAUUUAGAAACCAAUCUAAUUGCUAGUGCAUAUAUGAAGUGUUGUGCUGUACAGCUGACCUCUCCCCCACAGAAGGGGAACCUCUGAGGAAUUUAAAAAAAAAAAAAUCACACUGAGUCCCAAGCAACUUUGAUCUUGACUUUGGUACAGUUUUAAAUUAGCCUGUGCUUUCAAAAGCAGCAUCUUUCAUUUUAAAAUGUUUUCACAACUGUCUUCACGGAGUUUGCUGUUAUUUUCUUCGACUUUUAUUGUCUAGCUGCAGUCGCUGCUUUAGCAAUUGAUCUUGUGGAAGAUGGCAUGCUGCAUGGAGCGACUGGCUCAGACCCAGCCUUCUCUUUUUGGAAGACUUUAUCCUAGGUGACGUUAAAGUGGAUAGUUCAGAUUCCAGCUGGGGUGUUGGAUUAUCUCUUGGGGAUAAGGGUGUGAAUUUUCCAAAACUAGCGCAUUUUUCUUCAAGAUUCCAAUUUAUUCCAAUAGAACAAAAAAUCUCUUAGAAUGACCUGGAAGGUGGGCAUGGGAAAGCAUCCCCUUUAGUCGCCAUUCUUUCUAAAGCUUCUGGUUUUCAGACUCUGAAGCAAACCAUUUGCAUCGUUCCAUCAGAACAAACAACACUUGAAGUGCAUCUAAACACUCUUUACAGAACACUGUGCGUUUUGAUUUGUAGUCCAUUGAAACAGGAGUAGGUCAGUGCACACUAGGGAACAUUUAGUGCACAAUAGCAAUGUCCAUGUAGCCAAUUAGUGCACUAGGCUUUACACCCCAGCUUGCCGUGCACUAACUGUGUCUUGACAAGCCGUUGGUGUUGCCACAGACAGUAGCAACCAGAACACACACACACACACACACACACACACACACACACACGGGAUUAGGUGAGCAAGAACCUAGUGACUAGUGGAGGUAUGGACGAUGUAUGCUGCAUGGAAGAUGGUGAGCCAUCCAGGGAACAUCAGGGACUCCAUCUGAAAGAGGGAGUAAUUUACCUGGCCUCCGAUAAGUGGAUAGAUGGGAUGGGGAAGGAUUGGUGAUCCAUACUGAUCGUUGCCCCCUUCCCCUAAAUAUCUGUGCUGUUGAAUGGUCAGUGCAGAGAGGGACUUGUGAAACACGCACGUUCUUGGAAACAUCUGUUUCCUUUGCUUGUACUGAGGAGGGUAAUUUUUAGAGAAGGAAAGUGGCUUGGAGAACUCAGUGGAUCUGGGCUAGAGAUUCUUGAAGGCUGUUUUUAUAGUACAUCUCUUUAGUGAGUUGGGGGAAGGAGAUUUCUUUAGGUGAUGGUGGGUUUCUACUAUAAAUGCACACUGGGGAUGCCAAAAGAAUGGCCUCUAUACAUUGUAAAGUGUUUUGAAGUUGGAAUCUAAAUAAGCAAAGUACCCAGUUUGGUUCAUUUACUUAUUCAGACUUUGACUGAAUCCAUUUUUGAAACAGACCUUGAAAAAUCCAAACCUGGUUGCUUAUUUUUACAAAAUGCAAACUCCUCUCUUUCUGCCUUUCCCAUAUGGGUCAUUUUAGCUGAAUCCCCUCCUGCUUAUUACAUUGCAUCAAAGCAGCAUCACUCAAAUGCUAGGCCUUGGCUGCUUUUCGCUCCCCUUCCCACUUGAACAAAUGUAUGACAACAUCUACUGCCACCAAGCAGAUGAGCAGGGUUAAACUCUACCCUCUAGGUGAUCCAUGCACCCUGUUCUUUAUUUUGUCUUGAAGCCCCUUGAUGUUACUAUCUUCCCUUCAUGCUGUGGGCAUAGUCUUUGAUUCCAGUCCCAGAGGAAGGCAGCUGCCUCACAGGAAUCCUUUAAAUUGUCACUUCUAAUGAUAUGUCACAAACUUAAUUUCAUACCAGUUAUUUAGGACACUGCAUCUGAGCAGAAGGGGGUUUUAGCGAUGGACUCUUAAAGUCACGUGUCACCAUUUUUUUUUUUACAUGACUGCCGCUUUGUGAAAGUGAGUGUUUUUGGAAGGCUUGUCUUUUCUUACUCCUGUGUGGGGCAAGGGGUCCCUCUUGAUAUCCCUUUUCUUUCUAUGGCAUCUGUUCCAAAGCAGGAAUAGACUUAAACAUUGCAUCUUCCUUUUAAAACUGGCUGGUUGUGCAGUGUGCUAUCCUAGUGUGUAGUGCACACACUCUGACCUGGCUGAGAUCUUCUCUGAGCAGCAUCUCUGUUUCAAGAGCCAUGUGACAGGUACCAGAAUGAGAUUAAUCUGUCCCUUCUUAGGGGUUAGUGAAUAACCGGUGGGGGGGGGGGGGAAGGGAGUGUUUGGCUAGGUGGGAGCCCUCCUGUCCAUAGUAAUGUUGGGAGAAGACACUGCAAAGGUAUCCUCUGCUCAUCACCCUUCGAAAGCUUAACACUGAAAGUUGUUUCUGCCCCAGUUGCAACGGAAGCUUUGCUCAUGGAUUCCAGGUUGCUGGUGUUGGCUUUCUUGAAAAGAAAAGGCGUUUGUUCAUGAAACGCUGUCCUGUUCUGAGGUGUGGUUUUUUGUUUCUUUGUUUUUGUUUUUUAAAGCAGGUUGCAGUUCAGCCCUACCAGCUUCUGCUGUGACCCUCUUU